UUCUGGACCAGGUUCGAGCUGGGUUCGAUUCGUACAAUGGGUAUAUAUAUUCUCAAGAUGUAGUCGCCACGCCACCACUGGUCCUAUGUACCUAUCUAUCUACAUUCAUUUUACAUAAUAAAACAUCCCUCUCUCUCAUUUUUUUUUUAUUAAACUUGAUCCUCCAUAUUUCAGAGUCCCUCCUUUAGAGCCCGAGCGUUUUAUAUAUUUCGAAUCACAGAACAAUGCCACAUUCAACCCAAGCAUCGGAUCAUCAUGUAUCAAAACACUCCUACCGUCGUCAACCCUACUCUCAACCCUCGUCAUCCAAGAAGUCCAAAACUCAACCAAAAUCUAAACAGCCCAAUACAUACAACAGAUGUUGGGAUUGGAUUGUUACAAAUGGUAACUGCCACUACGCCAAGAACCGUUCAACAUUCCGAAACUACCGACGAGCGCCGGGUAAGAUCGGCGGCUCACGGGUCCUCGGUGUAGGGAGCGUCGAAUUGCGUGUUCGACGACGUUCGGGAGAUGGUGAGAUCAACACACUUGUGCUAGAUAAUGUGCUACAUAUGCCGAACGCGCGAUGCAAUGGUCUGAGUCUGCCAAAAUACCGUGAAACACACCCGUUAACGGGGGUAGAUGGUGAAGGUGACCGUGUUGAAGCGCGGAGUGACGAUGGAUCGGAGCCGGAGUGGUAUGCAGAAGGGUACCAUGGUCUAUCAAGAGUUGUGCUUGCGGGUGAGCCACAAGGAGAUUCAUAUUUGAGCGACGAUGAACAUUAUAUGCUUUCUGUGAUGGCUUCAAACGAGGAGAUGGACAAACUUUGGCAGAGGGUUGCGAAUCGGAGUUGGGUGGCCUAGGUGGUUGUGGUGCCAAGUGAUACGAGAUAACGGUUUAUAUUUUCCUUGCUCUUCAGCAUAUAUUUGAUCCUGUGAUGUGAAGAUAUUAUUGGCUUGUGGUCAUUGGCGUAGCACUGAGAGGUUUUCAUGUGUAUUCCACCCGUAUGUUGUCGCAUGUAAUAUUCCCGUUCGAAU